CGGGACACACCUGAGCAGCCAGAAGAUCUCUUGCUUAUGAAUUAUGUAUAGACCCGUUGGGGAGCGUUCAGCCAAUUGCACCUGAUACUCCCUAAGCCUGGGGUUCCAUUGAACUCUCAGGAUCUGAUGGUCCGCCCCGCGAGGUUUGGGAAACCUAGCAGACAGAGCAGAGAUAUUCCGCAGCCCUGCUUCCUUCUCCCUAUCAGGUCGGGGAGGAGGAAGACGAAGGGGAACGACAUGGGAGCAGGACUGAGCAGCUCCCAGCCGCUGGGCUCCAGGCGUGCCACAAUGGAUGCUUUCUCUGAAGCAAACAAUGCCUUUGCCUUGGAUGUUUUUAAAAAAGUCAGUGAAGAAAAUAGCUCAAAGAAUGUGUUUUAUUCUCCUCUGAGCCUCUACUGUGCCCUGUCUAUGGUCUUAGAUGGGGCCAAGGGAAAUACUGCUGCACAGAUACAACAGGUUCUUUCUUUAAAAAAAGAUACAGAUAUCCACCAAAGUUUUCAGUCCUUUCUUGGAGAAGUUAAUAAAUCUGGUUCUCAGUGCCUACUAAGAAUUGCCAACCAACUCUUUGGAGAAAAGACUUAUAAUUUCCAUUCAUCUUUUAAGGAUUGUUGUCAGAAAUUCUACCAUUCAAAUAUGGAAGAACUUGACUUUGCUCAUGAUUUUGAAGCAGCAAGAAAACACAUCAAUAAGUGGGUAGAAGAAAAAACAGAAGGUAAGAUUGUAGAACUUCUCCCUAAAGAUACCAUUUCUCCAAUGACCUGUCUUGUACUUACAAAUGCUAUCUACUUCGGUGGAAAAUGGGAAAAACAAUUUAACAAAGAAAAGACCACUGAAAAGAUGUUCAAAAUCAGCAAGGAGGAGCAGAAACUAGUACCAAUGAUGUAUCAGAAAUCUACAUUUCAUAUGACUUACAUAGGAGAAGUGUUUACCAAGAUCCUAGUUCUGCCUUACACUGGAGGACAAAUGAGCAUGGCCAUUUUACUUCCAGAUGAGAACAGGGAUAUAAAAAUGUUGGAAGAAGCACUUACUUCUGAGAAAUUAGCAGAUUGGCUAAAUCUAGACAUGAUGGACCAAACUGAGGUAGACGUUUACCUUCCCAGAUUUAAAUUGGAGGGGAACUUAGACAUGGAAUCCAUUCUUCAAAAAUUGGGGAUGUCAGAUGCAUUUGAUCAAAGCAUGGCUGACUUUUCUGGGAUGUCAGCCAGGGAGGACCUAUAUCUAUCCAAGGUUAUGCACAAGGCUUAUGUGGAAGUUGAUGAAGAAGGCACCGAGGCAGCUUGUGCCACCGCAGCAGUCAUGAUGAAGCGAUGUGCAAGAAUUACUCCAUCAUUCAUUGCUGACCAUCCUUUCCUUUUUGCUAUCACUGACAACAAAUUAAAAAGCCCUUGGUUUUUUGGUAAAGUCGCCUCUCCAUAAAGAGUUCACUACUCUUUAUAGUCUUUACCCACAUGCCACUUGCCUCUUUUUACCUAAACUCUGAUGUCAAUACGAUGAUUAUAACCCAGAAAUAAAAUUCUCUAUUGGAAAGUU